CUUUCCUCUCUCAUCUUCUUCACUUUCCUCUGCAAAUCCCUAAAUCCUCAACUUAUCUCACUUCUUCUCUUCUCUUCUCUUCUCUUCUCUUCAUCCAACAAGGAUCGUCUGCUCCUUCUUCAUUCUUCCAGGUGCAGCUCUUGAAUCCAACGUCACCGCCAUGUUCUUGUUGGGAGAUUCUUCUGUAGAUUGCGGCUUCAAUACUCUGUUUUACCCUCGUCUCCACCGCAAUUUCUCUCUUCUUCCCUGUGACACCAAUGCCACUUCCUCCCUUCUUCCUUUUCUUCUUGCUGACAAGAUCGGCCUCCCGCAUGCUCAACCUUGGUACAAUCAGAAUGGAUCCCUCGAAGCCAUCCUAAAUGGCCUCAACUUCGGUUCCCCACAAGCAACGAUCAUGAGCAACGGGCAAAGCUAUCAGUCUCUCAACCAACAACUACGCCAAGUCCUCGAUGCCAUUCAACUUUUACGCUUGCAACUCGGGCAACACGCUGCUCGCCAUUUCAUCCAAUCAUCCCUCUUCUACCUCUCGUUUGGUGAGGUUGAUUUCAUCAAUCUUUAUCUUUUGAAAUCGUCUGCACGUAAGUAUGGUGGUGAGGAAUUUGCUCGACUGCUAGUAUCGCAAAUGGUGAUUGCCAUAAGAAACUUGCAGGAAGCUGGAGCGAGAAAGAUCGUAUGCAUGGGAAUACUGCCGUUGGGAUGCAGUCCUCGAGUGCUGUCUGAAUGGCGUGAUUCCCCUGUGGAUACGUUUGAUAAGAAGGGGUGUGUGAAAGAGAUGAAUGAAUUGAUUGGGAAGUACAAUGAAGUAAUGGGAGAGGAAAUGGUGAAGCUGAAUGCAGAGUUCGAAGAUACUCAAAUGAUAUUUUGCGACGUUUACAAAGGGAUGACGGAGAUCAUUGGAAAUCCAACUCGAUAUGGAUUCAAGGAAUCAAAGAGUGCGUGUUGUGGGGUUGGCUGGUAUAAUGCAAGCGCAGUAGGAUGUGUGGCAAUGGAGAUAGCGUGCAGGGAUGUUAGGAGAUAUGUGUGGUGGGAUUUGUACAAUCCCACGGGAGUUGUAAAUUCUUUGCUUGCGGAUUCAGCAUGGAGGAAUCAACCCUUCUCCACAAUCUGCCAUCCAUCCACUGUUCAAGAUUUACUACUCACAUGAGUUUCCAUAGGGCAAAUUUUUGUACUUUUGUUGGGUUGUUUUCAUAAUUUGACCUAAAAGAAUCUAUAUUUUCCUAAUUGGGUCUUCCUACUAGUUGGGUUGGUUCAGAAUGCAAUCACUCAAAGUUGUGAAUAAUAAAAUAAACAAAAUCCAAUGUCCUUUUCGUACUGCCAAACUGGUAAUCGCAAUCACUCAACAUCCCAUUAAACAAAGGUUUCCCAAAAAAGACUAGACGGCACAAACCUAAAUCCUUCCGCCUUCAUUUCCAGAUCUCAACUCCCUUCAAUGGCUGCCCGUUGCCUCCAAGGUUUCUCCUCUCUUUCUCUAAGCCCUACUACCACACACACUCCAUCCUCCCGCCCUCCUUCUCUUCUCAUAACCUGCUCCUCUAAAUCCGACAAUGCCCCUCUUAUUGGCCGCAAGCUCCGAGCUGCCGUCAUUGGCGGUGGCCCUGCGGGAUCUUCCGCUGCCGAAGCUCUCGCAGCUGGUGGCAUCGAGACUUACCUAUUUGAGCGCAGUCCAUCAUCUGCCAAGCCAUGUGGCGGCGCUCUCCCUCUAUGUAUGCUUACUGAGUUCGACAUCCCUGCUCACCUCAUCGAUCGCCAUGUUACUCGUAUGAAAAUUAUUUCGCCGUCCAAUCUCGCCGUCGACUUCGGAAAAACCUUGAAAGCCCAUGAGUUCAUACCCAUGCUACGCCGCGAAGUGCUUGAUUCCUUCCUCCGUUCCCGCGCUCAGUCCAACGGUGCUAAUCUCAUCCAGGGCCUCGUGCUGAAUCUCGAGCUCCCUACCUCCUCCAAAGCACCGUACGUCGUGCAUUACACAGCUGAAAACUCCCGGAAAUCCUUGGCCGUGGAUGUGGUGAUCGGUGCGGACGGCGCCAACAGCCGUGUAGCAAAGUCGAUCGACGCCGGAGAUUACACGUGCGCGAUCGCCUUCCAAGAGAGAAUCAAAUUACCAGAGGAGAAAAUGGAGUACUACGAGAAUCUGGCGGAAAUGUACGUAGGGAACGACGUAUCGCCAGAUUUUUAUGCUUGGGUAUUUCCAAAAUGCGACCAUGUGGCAGUGGGGACGGGGACGGUGUGCUCAAAACAAGACAUAAAGCGUUACCAAAGAGGAAUAAGGGAAAGGGCAAAGAGGAAGAUAAGCGGAGGGAAGGUGAUGAAAGUAGAGGCACAUCCGAUACCGGAGCACCCGCGAGCAAGGCGAGUGGUAGGGCGGGUGGCGCUGGUAGGUGACGCGGCAGGAUACGUGACAAAGUGCUCGGGCGAAGGCAUAUAUUUUGCAGCGAAAUCGGGGAGAAUGUGCGGAGAGGCGGUGGUGAGAGCAUCGGAAGGAGGGGAGAGGAUGAUCGGAGAAAGGGAUCUGAAGAGAGAGUAUUUGAGAGAGUGGGAUACCAAGUACGUGGGAACGUUCAGGUUCUUGGAUGUGUUGCAGAGAGUGUUUUAUGGGGACAAUGCCGGAAGGGAGGCAUUGGUGGAGAUGUGUGGGAAUGAGUAUGUGCAGAGAAUGACAUUUGAAAGCUAUUUGUACAAGAAAUUGGCUGAGGGAAACCGAUUGGAAGAUGCUAAGUUGAUGUGGAACACCAUUGGAAGUCUCAUCAAGUGUGGAAUUGUUGGGAGAACAGAGACUCACAAGGUUGCAUCUUUCCUCUAGCUUUGUUUGUAGUUGUAAUCUGCCUUACCUUUGUUUUUGUGUGAAAUCAUCAAAUCAAGUUCUAUUCCAAACAUUGAUAUACUCCAUUUUAUUAAUGUGGUUCUUCGUUUGGAUGGGUAUACA